AUGAGCGCCGACGAAGGUGGAGACACCACCCCGAUGUCUACACACGACGAGUCUUAUCAGGACACAAUCGCAGGCCCUGGGAAGCGAAAGCGCUCCACCCAAGAUGAAAAGUCCAACGACGCCGCGUCGCGCGAUCGAGUAAACCUCCACGAAACUCUGCGCAAUCUGGUUGAACUUUUACUCAAACAUGACUCUGAGCUGCAGCUCCUCUCUUGCCCUUUCCCGAACACAACCACCAAGCCUCGAGCGAAGCGCGCAAAGGUUUCCGGUGAUCAGGAUUCUUCCACCAUUCAAACAUGUGUGGCUGCGGACAAAUACAAUACCCUGCAGGAAUUCCUUUCCGACAUCGAACGGGCCUCAGCUGCCGUGAUCGAACGUAAUCAAAUCCAAGCCAAUGGCACAAAAGCCGACGGGGCACCCUUGAAUGAGGUGGUCAAUCUGAUUGCAGCUUUCAAAAAGCACAUGAACAGUCUGAUCGUGCAGACUUUCGUCAACCAACCCGAAGUCAAAACGGAGGUCUCGGAGGACGACACCGAUUCUUCGUCGGAGCUUCACGCAAUCAAUGCCUGCACUCGAGAGGACAAGUGCGCCCUGACACUCUACGGGAACUCUGCGAAUCCCAAGCACCUAUUUUCGAGUCUGCAAAAGUCGGUCAAAGUACCAUUGCAAUCCGAUUCGGGCCCUGAGAAAUUCGUCGAAGUCCAGACGGAGCUGCCCGAGGCAGGCUUGCCCAACGGGAUCACGACCACCAAAAUCGUGCCUUUCAACCUCGCUGCCGGGCCCAAACACCCUAAGCGAACAUUUGGAGAAGUGUUCGCCCCACGUGAAACACUGCCCAAGUUGGAACCCCCUCGCAAACGUUCACACCGGGGGAACGCAUCAACAUGGGUGGACCGAUUCGACGCUACCUUCGACGUUCGAACAUUCUUGGGAGAGCGUAGCAAUUAUUGCCUCGCACCCCUUCCGUCUACGCAAUGGCUUCAGUAUGGUGGAGUAACCUCGUCACCAGCAUACUGGGAUCGCGUUGAGAAACAGCAGGAAGAUCCGCAGAUCGCUCAGAAGCAUGGGGACCCUGCUUUGUGGAAUGGCCCUGACUCAUCUGCUUUCCUCGGUGUGUUUUCAUCAUUUGCGCCUUCUCAUGAUAGCUCUGGUGCAAUCGUGCAGCUCACCUCAAAGGAUUCGGUCUGGUGGGGCCAACGAGGAGCAGACCGCGUGAAUACUUUGCUCUCGAUUCCAUACGAAGGGGAGGGCGAAGAAGUAACUGAACAGACUUCUCGUCCUGGGAACAUUGGCGAACUUGAUGAGAGCAUUUUAGAUGAAAUGGUUGAAUCAUUCAACGCCGAUGACUUUGCCAUGAACGCUGCAGAGGCCAAUACCAAUGGUGAUGUUGAUAUGGAAUCCAAGGACACCAAGGAAAUGCUUAGCGAAAUUUCCGAUUUGCUCAACACCCUCAGCUCCUACCAACGCUUACGCAAUCUCAACCAUCCUUCCAACACCCUUUCAUCUGUCCAAUCAACUUCCGAGUCGGAUGAAGCCUCUGCAUUUGAGUCUGCGGAUCCAAACACACCAUCUGAUGCAGAGUUUAGUGUGUAUGAGACACUCAAAUCAAGCCUCGUGGCAAUCAUCGGCAAUUUACCCCCCUACGCCGUUGCUAAAUUAGAUGGGCACCAGCUCGCCGAGUUGAACAUCAGUCAGAAGAUUGUGGUUGAUACCCCCGACUACAAUGGCACUAUGGAAAAGGAUGACUAUACUUUGUCUCAAGAACGAGCGGCCGCGUUAAUCGCUGCAGCCAACGCCGCAGGCCGCACGGCAACCCCCUCUUCAUCGCGACCUAACUACCCUGGAGCUCAUGCAGGCUACAAUCAACGCGCUUUCGCCUCCAACAGCCGGGUUUCGCAAUCUCAACCAGGCUUCCAGGCCACACCACAGCACCCGCGCCAACCUUCAGCGCCAACCACAUAUUCUCAUGCUUAUAGCGCGGGUCGUCCCCCAAGCACACCCAGUCAACGUCCAACAAACACACCUCAGUACUCGCAAGGUAAUCCUCAGUUCAGUCAAGGUGGCCAGGCCCAACAAUAUCAACGUCCCCCGUCCAACGGCUAUCUUCCUGGGGCACAACAAGGGCAAGCGUCCGCUCAAUCCACCCCACAGCCUUACACACCACGACAUGGGCAACCGAGCACGUUCAAUGCGACACCGCAAGGGCGCAUUCCUUACGCGACCGCCACUGCAAACUCGGCUCAACGACCCCCGAACUCGAUGCAAACCCCGGGACAGGGUGGCUACGUCAAUUCUGCUGCUGCUGCCACAUACUCUCGCAGCGCCGCGGAACAAGCUGCCUUGAUGGACCGCAACAAGGCACAGUUGGCCGCUCGCCAGGCUCGCCACAGCCCCUCGACACCUCAACCCCAAAUCCUGGAUGCACGUGCCUCUCAAGAAGGCAGUGCUACCCCUGGGAGCAAGCAGAACGGCACACCUCUUUCGACAUAG